AUGGAUAAAAGGCAGCGCGCCAGAGAGAAAAACAACAGAAAUCAUGAGCGGAAAGCUCUAAAACUGUUUGUAUGUCUUUCCCUUCAGAUUAUUUUCUUUGAGGAGAGGAACUUCCAGGGUCGCUCAUAUGAGUGCAUUGGCGACUGCUCGGAAAUUACGUCUCACUUGAGGCGAUGCAGCUCCUGCAGGGUGGAGAGUGGCAUAUUCAUGGUCUAUGACCAACCCUACUUCAGGGGCCUGCAGUACCUCCUAACCAAAGGGGAGUACCCUGAAUAUCAGGAUACAAUUGGGUUCAGUGACUGCAUUCAGUCCUGCCGCAUUGUCCCUGUGCACGCUGGACCCUUCAAGAUGCGGAUCUACGAGAAAUCCAAUUUUGAUGGUCCGAUGCAUGAGCUGACUGAUGACUGUGACUCCAUCCAGGAUAACUACAACAUGUCAGACCUGCAGUCGUGCAACGUGAUGGACGGCUACUGGCUGAUGUUCGAGCUGCCUAACUUUGAGGGCAGGAUGCUGUAUCUGAAGCCAGGGGAGUACAAGAACCUCAGAGAAAUCGGCAAUGACAUCAGAUUCAAGUCAAUCAGGCGUAUCACACAGUCCUAACUCAUGGAUUUUAUUUAGCCGAUGAGUUUGAAGGCCUUGUUUUAUUGAUGAUUACAGU